CGACAUCACCGCGUGAGCACCACAUUUGUUUGUUGAUCGUAGACCGGAUUCGUCGGAGCUGAAGUUUAUUAUCAAUUUUUAAUAAAAUAUCCUCAGUGAAGCUACACCAGCCGAGAGGUUUCAUUCCACUUUUUAAAAACCGAAAAUUUUUGAUACAUCAAAAUGACAGAAGAAGUAAAUCCGAAGGCAUAUCCACUCGCCGAUCCCACAUUGACAACCAAAAUAAUGAACCUGCUGCAGCAAGCCCUUAACUACAAGCAGCUGCGUAAAGGCGCCAAUGAAGCAACCAAAACCCUCAACCGCAGUUUGUCCGAAUUUAUCGUUAUGGCUGCGGAUGCCGAACCUCUCGAAAUUCUGCUACAUUUACCUCUGCUAUGCGAAGACAAAAAUGUUCCGUACGUCUUCGUGCGAUCCAAACAGGCACUAGGCCGUGCUUGUGGAGUGUCACGACCAAUCGUUGCAUGCUCGGUUACUGUCAACGAAGGAUCACAACUGAAAAGUCAAAUUACGACCAUUCAACAGGAAAUCGAGAAGUUGUUGGUGUAGAUGUAAGAAUUGGGUUUGACUGAAACCUUUUUAUUAUUUUUUAAAAAAUUGUAAGAGUAUUUUACAAUGGAAAUGUUCAUCAUUUUGAAUAAAACUGCUUAAAAGUUCGGAGUG